AAAUGUGUGUGUUGAUGACGUUUUCCAUCAUAUUGCGACUGAGACAGGAGUUUUUGUGAAUUGUAUUGAAAGCACUUACCCGGCUAAGACCCGGGAAUUUCUUUGUGUAUGGUGCGAUUAAUAACUGUAUAGAGUAAUAGUGAUAGCUUGAAAACAAAGUUUUUUUUGCUACUAACUCUUUUAAAAGGAUCACUGAGUAGUGUUUCACCAUGGCUCUUAAGCCCUAUGUGCUAUGCGUGUUAGUGUUUCUGAUACCUAUUCAAGGUUUUUAUUUACCCGGUUUAGCUCCUGUUAACUAUUGUAAAGCUGGCGAAGACAGUGGAAAAUCUUGUAAGAAUGAAAUUCCUCUGUAUGUAAAUAGACUUAACACAGAAGAAUCAGUUAUUCCAUUUGAAUACCACCACUUUGAUUUUUGUCUCUCCGAUGAAACCCAAUCCCCAGUGGAGAACCUUGGUCAAGUAGUGUUUGGAGAAAGAAUUAGGCCGAGUCCAUAUAAAAUCAACUUUUUAGAAAAUGUUUCCUGUAAGGCUGUGUGCACAAAGAGUUACAAAGGUUCAGAUCCGGAAUCAAUUAAAAAGUUGAACCUUUUGAAAAUGGGAAUGGCUCUGUAUUACCAACACCAUUGGAUUAUUGAUAAUAUGCCAGUGACUUGGUGCUAUCUAGUGAAUGAGGGUGGGAAGUCUUAUUGCAGUACUGGAUUUCCUAUGGGCUGUCAAGUGCGCAGAAACUUUGUAAGUACAUACAUUUCACAUAAAUUUACAUUAUAUGGUUAA